AUGUAUGUUGUCAGAGGAUUGGCUAUGCAGAAAAGUCCAAGUUUUUGGGAAUAUGUUAAUUGGGUGUUCACAAUUACAACAGAUAUUAUGAUUUACAAAUAUUGUGGACUUCGAGGUUUAAUAUACUUGGUUUUAUCAUUAUGGUUUGGUUUUGGUGCACACCCUGCUGCUGGUCAUUUCAUCCAAGAACAUUACACUUUUGAAGAUGGUCAAGAAACUUAUUCUUAUUAUGGGAGUUUAAACAUAGUCUUAAUAAAUAUUGGAUAUCAUAAUGAGCAUCACGAUUUUGUAAAGGUUCCAUGGGCAAAUCUACCCCAAGUUCGUAAAAUUGCAUCAGAGUAUUAUGACAAUUUAUCAUAUCACACAUCAUGGGUUAUGUUACUUUGGAAUUUUGUAAUGGAAAAACAAUUAGGACCUCAAAGUCGUGUGGGUAGAACUCCUGAUGAUCAUAAGAAAGGCCGUAAAAUGUUGAAAGUAAUAAAAGAACAAUAA